CGUUUUCAGCCGCUUUGCUAGGGUUUGCGCGGGCUGAUUUCCCGCCGCCUCCGCCCGAAAACGCGAACCACAGCCGACGCCUCCCGCCGCCGACUCCUGCUCCUCACCGACGACCCACGGCGGCGAGCGCGCGCGCGCGGCGCCGGGGGAGCCGUCGCAGCAGCCACCGACGGCCGCCGCGGGGGCUGCCUGGCACACGUACCACCACGAUUUCUCGUUGGCCAAGGCUUAAAUCUCUUGAAGCCAUCAACAAACUGAAGUCUUCCUGCUUCCACCAAUCUCGAAUGAUGGCAGACGUCACAAAUGGCAAUUCACACUGUGAUAUUCAGAGAAAAUAUCAAGUCGUGGUUGCUGCUACCCGUGAGAUGGGCAUUGGGAAGGAUGGUGCAUUGCCAUGGAAGCUGCCUAGUGACCUUAAGUUUUUUAAGGACCUCACAAUGGCCACAUCAGACCCAUCAAAGAAAAAUGCUGUUAUAAUGGGAAGGAAAACAUGGGAAAGCAUACCCACUAAGUUUAGACCAUUGCCCGGUCGCUUGAAUGUUAUUCUGACUCGUUCAGGCAGUUCUGAUUAUGCAAAAGCUGAAAAUGUUGUUACCUGUGGAAGCUUGGAUUCUUCCUUAGAACUACUAGCAUCUGCUCCCUACAGCUCAACAAUCGAGAAAGCUUUUCUAAUAGGGGGUGGCCAGGUACUGAGGGAAUCGCUGAAUGCAUCUGCAUGUGAAGCCAUCCAUCUUACUGACAUAGAGUCCACCAUUGAGUGUGAUACUUUUAUUCCUCCUAUUGAUCCAUUGAUCUUCCACCCGUGGUAUUCAUCUUCUCCAGUUGUGGAGAACAACAUUAGGCAUUCUUUCGCGACCUUUGUUCGCGUUAGAAAGUCAGCAGAAGAAGCUAAUGAUCCUAAUGUCAAUGAUACUAAGAAGGAAAAGUUUGAAAUUCAGAUUUUUUCAUUUCUACCAAAAAUGAUCUUCGAAAAGCAUGAUGAGUACCAGUAUCUCAAUCUUGUUCAAGAUAUACUACGAACUGGUGCUCGGAAAAAUGACAGAACAGGAACAGGAACAAUAUCAAAAUUUGGUUGCCAGAUGCGAUUUAACUUGAGGAAGAAUUUUCCAUUACUGACAACAAAGAGGGUGUUUUGGCGUGGUGUUCUUGAAGAACUGUUGUGGUUCAUCAGUGGCUCAACGAAUGCAAAGGUUUUACAGGAAAAAAACAUUCGUAUAUGGGAUGGCAAUGCGUCAAGGGAGUAUCUUGACAGUAUUGGUCUAUCACAAAGAGAGGAGGGUGACUUGGGACCAGUUUAUGGAUUUCAGUGGAGACAUUUCGGUGCUGAAUAUUCUGACAUGCAUGCUGACUACACGGGGAAAGGUUUUGAUCAGUUAGCUGAUGUCAUUAACAAGAUCAAGAAUAACCCUGACGAUAGGCGUAUCAUUCUGUCUGCAUGGAAUCCAACAGAUCUCAAGAAGAUGGCACUUCCACCUUGCCACAUGUUUGCACAGUUUUAUGUCGAGAAUGGAGAAUUAUCCUGUCAGAUGUAUCAGCGUUCAGCUGACAUGGGGCUUGGUGUACCAUUCAACAUUGCAUCAUAUUCUCUUCUGACAUGUAUGAUUGCACAAGUUUGUGAUCUUUCUCCUGGAGAGUUUGUCCAUGUGAUAGGUGACGCCCACGUCUACAGCACGCACGUGCAAGCCUUGGAGGAGCAGCUUCAGAAGCAGCCCAAGCCAUUUCCUAUCCUGAAGAUAAACCCUCUGAAGAAGGAUAUAGACUCGUUCGUCGCAUCGGAUUUCAAGCUGGCCUGCUACGAUCCUCACCAGAAGAUAGAGAUGAAGAUGGCAGUAUGAUGACAAGGGAGUUAACUUGGCAUCGACCAUUGAUACCAGCAUACGAUGUCUACUCUUGACGGUGUCUUUGUUAACCAAGAUUUGUGACAGAAUCUCUAGGCAACUUUUUUCUUAUCGAACGAUCGAUGCCGUGGUGGACCCCUCACGUUUUUACCAUGGGCUCAUUUUA